AUGACCUCCUCAUUUUCCUUCGGCUUCGGCGGCGAUGACAUAGAAGAGGACUCCGUACCGGCCUCCGCGCCCGCCGCCCCGGAGCCCGAGACGACCCCGGCAGCAGCGCACUCCGCGGCGGCCGCCAGCGCAUCCGCCUUCCCCGUCCCGGGCAAACCACAACUCCCGCCCACCGGCCACGACCUGCGGCAGAUGCUCGCCCAGCUGCCGUCCAAAGUCGCCUUCAGCACCCUGGACGUCGCCCUGGACGACGGAACUACUGUCGCGAUCCCGCGGCGUGAGCUGUGGGACGUGCGGGUGCAGCUCAUGGCCGAAGAUGAGGCGGCCAGCGGUGGGGGAGGAAGCGGCGGCGAGGCGGAGGGACUCGGUAGCCACGAUGUCAAGACGGGCGUCUAUGAGGGCGGGUUCAAGAGUUGGGAGAGCAGCGUCGAUCUUGUCAAGGUGCUGGCUAGCGGAAAGUACCUGGAUGCGCUGAAGCAGCGGCCGCUCCGUGUCGUCGAGCUUGGAUGCGGCACGGCGCUGCCAUCUCUCGCGAUUCUGCUGUGGACGAUGAGGGAGCCUGAGGCGAGGUCGCCGCUCUUGCUUACCCUGGCCGAUUACAACCCGACGGUGUUGCAGCUGGUCACGCUGCCCAACUUCAUCCUUGCGUGGGCUCUGGAACGGAAAGAUCAGAACCCAGUGUUGCAAGAGGCGUUUGCGCUCGAAGACGAGCUGGAACUCACGCCCGAGGUGGUACAGCAGUUCCAGGACUUCCUUACGUCUUCUCAAAUCUCUCUCAACUUCAUUUCUGGCGGUUGGUCCGAAGAACUGGUCGACUUGCUGUACCAGAGCCAGUCCGAGCUGGACAACAUCAGCGCCAACAACUUCGAUACCCUGCUCCUUGGGGCCGAGACCAUCUACUCCCCGUUCGCCCUGGAGGCAUUUAACGAGAUGGUGUUUGCUAUUCUUAGCAAAGAGAAGAGAGAGCGCGGCGGCGACUGCCAGUCACAGGCGCUAGUCGGGGCGAAGAGGUUGUACUUCGGCGUUGGGGGCUCGCUCGACGACUUCGUCGACAAGGCCAGAGGGAAGGGUGCGACAGUGACUCAAAUCGCGGAGGAGACGGAGGGUGUCAGACGGGGAGUUGUUCGUUGCACACUGAGUUCUUCCGGUUAA